UUAAAAUCCUCUGAUUAAUCGGAAAGUAUUCUGCAGAAUGUGCCAUCAUUGGGUCCAACCGCAGCAGAGUACGACUCUCGUAUUGUAAGGCCUGCAUCAUCUUUGCUGCUGAAUCGCAACUUGACACGUUUUGAAAUGCUUGCCAAAUUUGCACUUAGAUUGCCACGAGCUGAUUCCUGCUACUUGUCGACCAUUACCAUUUUAGACCAACACAAACUGCUCGAAGCUCAUUCUUUUCUGUUGGAGAAAGGGAAUGAAAAAAAGCGGACCUUGAAGAAUUGGCCUUUUCGGAUCGAUAUCUGUCUUAUUUGCAAUGCUGUGGCCUUGAGCUGCUUUAUGCUCUGGGCCAAUCAUGGCGAAAUGCCACGAGAGAAUUUGGGGGGAUUAGGAUCAAGGAAAGCAAGCACGAGGGAUUUUUUGCCUGUUCAGGUUAUGUGUAAGCGAGUUGCAUGGCAUGUAGCAAGAUCUUGCAUCUAAGUUCAAGUUGUUGUAAGACUGUAAA